AUGGCCGGGGGCGCGCUGUGGGUGUGUGUGGCGGCAUGCGCCCUGCUGCACGCGGGCGGGCUGGCUCGAGGGGACUGCUGGCUGAUCGAGGGCGACAAAGGCUUCGUGUGGCUGGCCAUCUGCAGCCAGAACCAGCCUCCAUACGAGGCUAUCCCGCAGCAGAUAAACAACACCAUCGUGGACCUGCGGCUGAACGAGAACCGCAUCCGCAGUGUGCAGUACGCCUCACUCAGCCGCUUCGGUAACCUCACGUACCUCAACCUCACCAAGAACGAGAUCGGCUACAUUGAGGACGGUGCCUUCUCGGGCCAGUUCAACCUGCAGGUGUUACAACUGGGCUACAAUCGGCUGCGCAAUCUCACCGAGGGCGUUCUGCGUGGCCUGAGCAAGCUGGAGUACCUAUACCUGCAGGCCAACCUCAUCGAGGUGGUCACCCCCAGCGCCUUCUGGGAGUGCCCCAACAUCAUCAACAUCGACCUGUCCAUGAACCGCAUCCAGCGGCUGCACAGCGCCACCUUCGCUGGCCUGGCCAAGCUCUCAGUGUGUGAGCUGUACAGCAAUCCCUUCUACUGCUCCUGUGAGCUUCUAGGCUUCCUGCGCUGGCUGGCCGCCUUCACCAAUGCCACACACACCUACGACCGCGUGCAGUGCGAGUCCCCGCCGCUCUACUCCGGCUACUUCCUCCUGGGCCAGGGCCGCCAUGGCCACCGCAGCAUUCUGGGCAAGCUACAGUCCGUGUGCACUGAUGGCUCCUACGUGGCCGAGGCCAGCGGCCCCCGCCUGGGGCCCGGACGCUUGCAGCCUGGACGCUCGCCGCCGCCACCGCCACCGCCAGAGCCCAGCGACGUGGCCUGCUCCGAGGAGGAGUGCUUCUCCGGGGACGGCACCACACCGCUGGUGGCCCUGCCCACGCUGGCCACCCAGGCAGAGGCCCGGCCUCUCAUCAAGGUCAAGCAGCUGACCCAGAACUCAGCCACCAUUAUGGUGCAGCUUCCCAGCCCAUUCACACGCAUGUAUACCCUGGAGCAGUUCAACAACAGCAAGCCGUCCACCGUCUCUCGGCUGACCAAGGCCCAGGAGGAGAUCCGCCUGACCAACCUCUACACGCUCAUCAACUACACCUACUGUGUGGUGUCCACCAGCUCGGGCCUGCGCCACAACCACACCUGCCUCACCAUCUGCCUGCCCAAGCCACCCAGCCCACCCGGCCCCUUGCCCAGCCCCUCUACCGCCACCCACUACAUCAUGACCAUCCUGGGCUGCCUCUUCGGCAUGGUGCUGGUGCUGGGCGCCGUCUACUACUGCCUGCGCAAGCGGCGGCGACAGGAGGAGAAGCACAAGAAGGCAGCAGCGGCAGCCGGCAGCCUAAAGAAGACCAUCAUCGAGCUCAAGUAUGGCCCCGAGAUGGAGGUGCCUGGCCUGCCGCCGCUGCCCCAGGGUCCGCUGCUGGGCCCCGAGGCCAUGACCCGCAUCCCCUACUUGCCAGCUGCGGCUGCGGCCAGUGAGGUAGAGCAGUACAAGCUGGUGGAGAGCAGCGAGACGCCCAAGGCCACCAAGGGAAACUACAUUGAGGUGCGCACAGCGGAGCAGGCUGAGCGGCGCGACUGUGAGCUGGGCCGGCCCGGCCCUGACAGCCAGGGCUCGGUGGCCGAGAUCUCCACCAUCGCCAAGGAGGUGGACAAAGUCAACCAGAUCAUCAACAACUGCAUCGAUGCACUCAAGUCCGAGUCCACCUCCUUCCAGGCAGUCAAGUCUGGGGCCGUGUCUACGGCCGAACCACAGUUGGUGCUGCUGUCUGAGCCGCUGGCCGGCAAGCACAGCUUCCUGUCGCCCGUGUACAAAGACUCAUUAGGGCACGGGCUGCAGCGGCACCACAGCGUGGAGGCCACCCCAGGGCCUCCGCGCACCAGCACCUCGUCUGGUGGCUCCAUGCGCAGCCCACGCACCUUCCACACUGAGGCUGCUGCUGAGGCCAAGUACAUCGAGAAGACGUCACCCACGGCUGACACCAUCCUCACUGUGACCCCUGCCGCUGCCAUCCUGCGUGCCGAGGCUGAGAAGCUCCGGCAGUAUGGUGAGCACCGGCACUCGUACCCUGGCUCUCAUCCUGCCGAGCCACCUGCGCCGCCACCACCGCCACCCCACGAGGGCCUGGGUGGGCGCAAAGUGUCCAUCCUAGAGCCGCUGACCCGUGCGCGCGCCCGUGAGCUCGCCUACUCCCAGCUGUCCCCGCAGUACCACAACCUGAGCUACUCCUCCAGCCCCGAAUACACCUGCAAGGCCUCCCAGAGCAUCUGGGAGCGCUUCAGACUGAACCGCAGGAGGCACAAGGACGACGAGGAGUUCAUGGCGGCUGGCCACGCCCUGCGCAAGAAGGUCCAGUUCGCCAAAGACGAGGAUCUGCACGACAUCCUGGACUACUGGAAGGGUGUGUCAGCCCAGCACAAGUCCUGA